UACGUCUAUGGUUCUCAACUAACUUCCUCUCCCUCUCUCUCUCUCUCUCUGCAACUGCAAACUACAAAAUCUACCAGAAACAGAAGUUGAAAACCCAUAUAUUUCAGUUUAUCUAUUCGUCUGCAAGAAUCAAAAGUUCAAAACCCAUAUCGGCAUAUCAAUUCUGAUUGUUCAAAAAAUCAAAACCCAUAUCUUUCAGUUUCCAUCGCCCGCUGUUCCAGUUCGGGUUCGCCGUUCGCAAGCUUCAGCCGCUGUCUCUCAACUCUCAAGCUUGCCCCCCCUCUCUCUCUCUGCAACUGCUAACUUACUAAAAUCAAGUGUAAUCUUGAUUUUGUGUAAGGGUAUAAAUUUGGCAUCAGAAAUAAUACAUCAAGCCUCUUCUCUUUCCUUCCAUUUCUUCCCUUUUUUAGGUGGAUAAGAAAGUUACUAUUUAAGCCUUGUGAUAUCUUUCCAAAACCAUCCCUUUCCUUUCAACCAUUUAUGUCCCUCCAUCACCUUUCCUUUCCUUUCCUCCCUUUUCCAUUGCACCAAACUGACAGUAGUUUUCUGCCCCUCUCUUUCUGUAAAAAUGUUAAUUCGAACGCAGCAAUGGAGGCUGAAGAAUAGUGUUGUUCAUUUUGACGAUAAAAAACUGGUACAGUUUGAUUACUAUCGCAUGAUAGUAAAAGUUCAGACAGUUAACUACAACCAUGCCUUGGUGGAAGAAGAGAAUUACACAGUGACUAAACAAUUUGACCCAAUUCCGACCACGUCGUUGGUGGAUGAAAGAUGGUUCUCUGAAAUCCUCCAUCCAUUCCUCUCUACCGUCGGAAUCACCAGGAUUUCUGACCAUAAUAUUGACAGAAUUCUAUCUAUUUGUCGCGCAAUGACGAGUCUUGACACAAUCAGUAGCAGUCCUACUGCGGUGCCCGUUCUUGACAUGAAGAUUUUGGUUGUGAUAAAGCUGGCUGAGACACAAAUGAGGAGGGCUUUGCCGGCAAGCAAAUCAUCCGUUGAGGCAUUAGAGACAGAGAUGCUAUUUGACGGUUCUUGUUCAAUGGAUCAGUGUAUCAUCUGCUUGGAGAAGUUUCGGGUUGGUUUUGAUAUGGUUAGUCGAUUGCCGUGCAAUCAUAUCUACCAUGGAGAUUGCAUUUCCCGCUGGCUAGAGACCAGUCAUUUUUGCCCGGUUUGUCGCUUUGAGUUUCCAACUGAUCCCUUGUAAUGUAAUGUAAUUUUUUUAUGAUAAAUUGUAAUUUCUGUGAUGUUUUCCUGUUUGUUUCAUUUUUUCCCCCUUUGUUUUGUAAUAUCUCUGAGGGAAUAAAAAUACAUACUUUUCUUAUUCUCA